AAAUUAGACAAUAUUGUGUUGAUUUUUAAGCUCUAAAGUUUUACUGUUUUCCAUCAACAUGGGAAGAAACAAAAGAGCCAAGUCAGUUAGGAAAACUAAGGCACAUCAACAAAAAUUACAAGAAGAGGAAUAUACAAAGACACCCCAUUCUAUGGUGUUUCAUCGUGGUAAUGUGGGUAAAGUACUGGAAGAAUUAGUUAAGAAUAUGAGAGAUGUUAUGGAACCAUAUACAGCAACAAGUUUGCAAGUGAGGAAUAAGAAUACUUUAAAAGAUUUCUUGUCUGUGGCAGGAGCAUUAAAUGUGACACACUUUAUGGUCUUCACCAAAAAUGAUUUACAUACGAAUUUGAGAGUAUUAAGAACACCUAAAGGACCUACACUGACUUUUCAAUUACAUAAAUUUACAUUAACUAAAGAUGUGUUAUCCUCAUUACGUAAACCAGACUUAGAUAAGUCAGUGUAUAGACAUCAUCCACUGUUAGUGUUAAAUAAUUUUGGAGGAGAAGGUAUGCAGAUGAAGUUAAUGUCCACCAUGUUUCAAAAUAUGUUUCCUUCCAUCAAUGUCAAUAAGGUUAAUUUAAACACUAUCAGAAGAUGUGUAUUAGUUAAUUAUGAUUCAGAAACUAAACUGAUAGAAUUUAGACAUUAUUCAGUUCGUGCUGCACCAGUAGGUGUCAGUAGGGGUGUCAAGAAAUUAUUAAAGUCACAUAUACCAGAUUUAAGCAGAUAUGCUGAUGUCAGUGAGUAUCUUGCCAAGGGCUGUAACUUAUCUGAAAGUGAAGCAGAAUUUGAUGGUCCACACAAUGAAGUGACUUUACCACAAAAUGUAUUUGGACGUGGUAAUAUGAAAUCAUCUCAGAGUGCAAUUAGAUUAAAAGAAAUAGGACCCAGGAUGACUCUUCAACUUAUAAUGAUAGAGGAAGGUUGUUGUGAUGGUAAAGUUUUAUUUCAUGAAUAUGUCAAAAAGACAGAAAGAGAAUUAAAAGAAAUACAAAAAUUAAAGAAACAAAAACAAUCAUUAAAGGAAGCUAGGAGAAAACAACAAGAGAUUAAUAUAGCUAAGAAAGCUGAGCUUAAAGCUCAACAUAAAGAGAAAUCUUUAGAGGGUAUAAGAAGAUCAACACAAAUGAGGAAAGAAGCUGAAUCAUUACUUGGUGACAUAGAUCAAACUAAAAAGAGUAAUGAUAAUGAAGAUGAUGAUGUUGACUAUUAUGAAAGAGAAGUUGGUGUUAAACCUGCCCCAGAACUCUUCAGUGGAGUCAAGAGGAAACAUCAUGGUGACACCAAAACACAUUCUAAAAAAUUCAAAAAAGAUGAGAAAUAUUCUAAGAAAGAGAGUCAAUAUAAAAAGAAAGGAAGACAGAACACUGACAGUAAAACUAAAUUUCGAGUGAAAGCUAAAGCUACAAAACCAAAUAGGAGACCUACAACUGUUUCUGGUGGAAAAAGAACUACUGUCUUCAGACCAAAUAAAAGAUCAAAUAAAAAGUGAAAAUUCCUC